GCAAACCUUGUGACCGCAUGUAGAAGAUAUUUCUUCUCAAACAGAUAGCUGGCUCGAUCAUUACCGAAAUAUCAGACAAAAUAGGUGAUAUGACACUUCAUCCAACGGUCUGCAUUGGCUUCGAAGGCAACAACUUAAAAGGCGCUGUGUUUUACUUGCGAACUUUAACCACUGUAGUCUGAAUGAUCAGAGGAUUGCCGUUAUCUUCUGUACGAUACAUGUAGAACGAAAGUCAGCCCGCUAAGGGAAGUGUGCGUCCGCGGACUUUUACGCCAGCCGAUAUUCGCUGACUUUGGAACGCUUCCUAUUCAUUGCUUAACUAAGCACGGUGAUACGAUGACGGGAUACCAGUUUAAAAUAUGUGACACCUUAAACGAUUCGAAUGCCACCACCGUACCCGAUAGAAGAUGCAACAUAGGACAAGGGAUUUAAUCCUGCCUAUCUGCCAUCACGGAUCCAUUAUGUUAGGUCACCGUAACCAAGGCUUCGAGUCAAUGCCACCUCGAGUUUGUCUGUUCGUUAUCUGCAUGAUUGUACCGCUGCUAGUUCAAAGAGCCGAGACGCAAUUUCGACCUCGGGGGCCGUUCCUGUCAGAACCCCAAUUCGAACAAGGAUAUUAUUCGUUUAUAAAGGCUAAAGAUCACGAGCACCCUCCAAAGGUCCGCAAACCCCCGUACCAUCGAGCUAGUUUUCGAUGCAGUGAGAGACUUGUUGACGGCAAAUUAUCUCCUAGAGACACGCUCUGCGGCGAUCUUAACAAAGGUGUCAUACCCAUUAAUCCAAUGGGUCAACGACCAAUCAACGAUCCUUAUCCCUUGUGA